UUUAAGAGUAAGGCUGCGAAGACUUGUGCUGUAGUCGGUCAAUACCCAAACCCACACCGCACUCUCAACUCUACAAAACCCUCUCAAUCAGCUUCUCUGCGGAAAACCAUAAGAACAGCGAAAACGGAGGAAAACAACCCGUAUUCUAUGCCUUCGAUCUCUCUCUCUCAACCCUCUCUAUCACCACAGAUCAUGCUGUACUUGGGGAGAUAAUAUCACUGAUGCUUGUAAACAAGGGUGUUAUGGGUGAAAGUGUGAGAAAGCGCAGAUCUAUGUGGGACACUGAAGAAAAUUUCUCUCGUCAUGAGUUGAAUGCCAAAAAUGCAUGGGUUGGGAAGUGUGACUAUCCCAGUCAUGAUGGAAGAAGUUAUCAGGAGCAGGUUUCUUCAAAAACUGAUAAUUCAUCCAAACGGCAUUCUGGCUGGAACCACUCACCACAAAAUAGUCUUCUGCAAACAAGUCAAAGGAUCAGCAAAGAUGUAGAGCGACUUCCAGAAACUGAGGAGCAUAAAAGGGAAAAGUUUUAUCAUGAAAACAUGUCUCCAACUUUUGAUGGACGGAGGCAGCUAAGGAAUAGCCAGUUCCCUGAACAUGGUUUGAGUCAGUCUCGCAGGCAUCCAGGAAGAGGCAGGAGCAGGAGUCCUGGAAGGGCAAAAGGCAGAAGCAGAAGCCGCAGCUGGAGUAGGGACAGAAGAUGGAGGAGUAGAAGUAGAAGCAGGAGCAGGGACAAGGGAAAUUUAAGAGGCAGGAGUAGAAGUAGUUCUCCUCCAAAUUACAAAGGUGAUCCAUAUGGAUGGGAUGAUAGACAGAUAGGAUCUCGAAUGUCAUCUAAGGUCUGUAGAGAUUUUGCCAAUGGGAAGUGUAGGAGGGGUGGUGAAUGUUGGUUCUUUCAUCCAGAUAACUUCAAGAACAGGGAUGGAUAUUCGUCAGAGUACAACUUGUCUGAAAGAUGGGGUAGCAGGAAUGAGAAUGGAGAUGCCUCAAGAUAUGCUGAUACUGAAGCACUUGAAGUCCAUUUUCGGGGUAAGAUUCCUGAUGCCUAUAAUAUAGAGCAUGAACACCCCAGGAACAACAGAAGUAUGAUUCCUUGCAAGGAUUUUGUCAAAGGUAAGUGUCGCUGGGGAGCAUCAUGCAGAUUUUCUCAUUCUGGUACUUCUGGUCACAACUAUGAUAGUAGCAUUAGGAAUGCAUCCUCUGAUUAUGAUCGGGAGCAUGAACCAAGUAAAACUAGUAAACCUUUGUGCAAGUAUUUUGUGGCUGGAAAGUGCUAUAGUGAAAACUGCAAAUUUUCUCACGAUGGCCCUACACCUAGCAAUGUUGAAAUGAGGCCCUCUGAUGACAUAGGUGGCCACAGAUUGGAUGAGAAGAGUGACAGCUGGGUUUGCCCAAAAUGGAAUGAUGCAGAAAUGGACUCAAGCUUCGUGAGGGCUUCUAGGCGAGGUGAGAAUGUUGCAAAAUCAGACAAUUCAGGUGCAGUUGAUACUGAUAGACUUAAUCAUAUUGGGGAUCAUAGCAUUGCUGACACAAACAAGCUGUGGAAUAAACCAGUGUGGGAUGAUACAGCUAGGGCCUCAAACCUUGAGAAGAAUAGUGAGUGGGAUGACACUGCUUUGAGGACAAAUCCUACAGUUACUGUAUCUGUUGAUCAGACCAAUAGUAGAUGGACCUAUAGUUUAGAAAAUGAGAGAGCUAUCUGGCAAAAUACUGCUUCCUGCGAGGGAAGAGAUGCUACUCCUAAUGUUAUAGCAGCAAAGACUUCUGAAUCUAUUCUGGAAAAUUUAACCAACAAUGAAGAAAAUAAUAUACUUUCUCAAGCUUCACAAUUCCGAAAUUUGAAUGGAAGUUCAAUUCAUGGUGAAAGGCUGGACACAAUGAAAGAAACUUCAGGCAUCAUUCUUUCCACCAAAGUCAUGCAGCCUUGUCUAUCUUCAAAUCGUUUUCAGUCAUAUCCUUUUGAGGACAGUGGCAAGACAAUUAUCUCUAAUGUGUCAAAUGAUUUAAACAACUCUAGACAGAGUAUCCAUCCAGUUUCAUUGCCUGAACAAAGCUUUAAUGAAACUAGUGAAAUGGCUAGCCGAGGCUCUGAAUAUUCUUCAUUUUUGGAUGGAGCUGCCCAAGGUGAGGCUAGGCUGCAUGCUAUCCCUUCAAAUGGACAUGGCAUUAGGUCAAAUGAGAUCAGACAGAGCUGUCAGAAAGAAGCUGCCACCAGACCGGAGGUGCUAGAGUUAAGUGCCCUGCAAAAUCUUUCUGGUGCUAUAUUCAGUUUGCAAACAAGUCAACUGCAUGGUUCUUUGGCUUCUCUCACCAAGAAAUUUGAGCAUGAGCCAGCAAAAUCUCAACUACAUGCAGUUCUUCCUUCAGUUGUCCCUUCUGAUUCCAACUCUGAACUACUUCCCACAUACAAUGCUGUGUAUACCCAGCCUAAUCCAAUUAUAAAUACUCCAGAUCUAUGUCAUGCCCAUAGUGAUGGAUUUCAGUGGGGUACACCUGGCAACUAUGUAAUGCCAGCUGCCAAUGCUUCCUAUUUGGAUAAACAGGAAACUAGUGUUUCUCUUAAACAAUCAAAUGAAUUAUCUGCCUUGAAUUCUGAAAAUGGAAACAUAGAUAAAUUUGGUGAUUCAAAUGUGGAGUACACCAAGGAUCUAUGUUUGAAGCUACAGGAGGCUGUUGCAAAAUCAGAAGUAAAGAGAAACAAUAAACUAGUUGCCAAAGAAUGCGACGAUGGGCAAGAAAAUAAGAAUUCCCAUAAUGCCAAUGGCCACAGCAAGGAUGAAGAGGUAAAUGGUAACAAAGAUGAUAAGGUGAUCCGGUUGUUCAAGAAUUCUCUUAUAGAGUUUGUUAAGGAGAUCCUGAAGCCCACUUGGAAAGAAGGUCGGAUGAGCAGAGAAGUACACAAGACUAUUGUUAAGAAGGUGGUUGAUAAAGUGACAGGCAGUAUUCAAGGAGAUCAUUUCCCUAAAACACAAGACAAAAUUGAGCAAUAUCUGUCCAAUUCCAAAGCCAAAAUUAACAAACUGGCACAGGCAUAUGUGGAGCGAUCUCUAAAGGCCAACACUUGAAAUGCAUAUAGUUGAUGUUGAAACAAGAUGGACACAAGUACAGAACCCAAAGUUCACAAGGUGAAGGUGAAGGCAAAGGUUGUUCUCUACUGUGAUUUGGAACAUAGGUAGGUAAAUUAUAGAAGAAAGCACUCUUAAAAAGAGUUAAUACCAUAUGAAGUCUUCUAAGUAUAAUUAUUUUGUUAUGUUUAGUUUUAAACUUUUAAACUGACCACCUGUGAUCUUUCGACUUUCAUAUUGUUACCAUCCGUGGUCCAAGUAACCACUCAUGGUCUUUCAACUUUCAAAAUUUAACUAGUCUUGGUCUUUCUAGGGUUAGGGCUGGUUAAAUUUUGAAAGUUGAAGAAUCAUGGGUAAUUCCUUGGACCACAGAUGGUAACAAUUUGAAAGUCAAAGGACCAUGGGUAAUCAAUUUGAAAAUUUAAGACUAAAUAUAAGACUAAAUAUGACAAAAUCACUAUACUCCGAGGACCUCAUAUUACAUUGAUGUAUUAAACUAACCUUUUUAGGUAAUUAACUAGGUUGGUUUUGUAGGACUGGAUACCCUUUUGCAAGAUCAGUAUUCGCACUUGGGUUUUAGUUUAGUGUCUCAUUUAUGUAUCUUAUCUUGUAGCAAUAACUCGUUGAUGCAUUGAUGUGUACUCCCCGUAUCAUUUUGCUUGUCUA